AUGAAAUUUGUUACCUGGUUUAUAGUUUCUUAUGUUCUUAUUUUUCUGGUUCUGAGCGCUUGUAAAGAAGUGGGAGCCAAAGGACUGUGUAGUAGAAUAGAAGACAUUGAUGGAAAUUGCGAUUCCCACGGAGAGAAGGAGUGCUUGAAAUUCAUGACGGAUAAAUAUAAGAAAGAAAGACAUGUUAGCUGCACAUGCACUAACCUUUACAUGUUACAUAAGACCAAACGCUUUUGCGAAUGCAAACAUCACUGCUCAAGAUGA